CUUUAACCUUAAGGUUAACCAAGCUUGUAAAUAAAAACAACUGAAAGGACACAAGUAUGUCGAGGGCUGGCAAGAUCUUGCACAAGAGCGCUGCGCUGUUGGUGUGUGACCUUCAGGAGAAGUUCCGCCCCAGCAUCCAGCACUUCCCCCAGGUCCUCAACGUGGCCGCACGUCUGCUCAAAGGUGCCGAGCUGCUGGACAUGCCCGUCCUUGUCACAGAACAGUAUCCUAAAGGUCUGGGCCACACAGUCAGUGAGUUGGAUGUCAGCCAUCACAAAGUCUUCACUAAAACCUGCUUCUCCAUGAUGGUCCCCACUUUGCAGGCCGAGAUUCAAAAGUUAAAAGAUGUUCGAUCUGUUGUGCUGUGUGGCAUUGAAGCACAUGCAUGUGUCCAACAGACUGCCCUUGACCUCAUUGAGCAAGGUUAUGAUGUCCAUGUUGUUGUUGAUGCGUGUUCAAGCAGAACUAUGGUAGACAGGUUGGUGGCCUACCAGCGCAUGCGUGCAUCAGGCGCGCACCUGAGCACCUGUGAGAGUGUGCUACUGGGGCUGGUGAGGGACGCUGGACACCCCAAGUUUAAACAAAUUCAAGAAAUUAUCCGGGAACCUUCGCCUGACAGUGCUCUCUUGUCCAGGCAGUGGCUGUAAUCUG